CUUCCUUGAGAAACCACACCAAGUUCUCGCCUCUUCUUUGCACUGCUUUGUCUCCAUGUCAGGUGAUGGUGGUGGUGGUGGUGGUGGUGAUAAUGAUGAUUAUUAUUAUUUUCCAACCUACAGGCUGUAACAGUUUGCAUCCAGGCAGAUAGGCGUUGCUUUUAAAUAGGAAGUGGUGACUUGGUGACUUUCUUCUGGCAAUUCUAGCAUCUCACUACUCAUCUCUCAAUCAUCACCGCUGGUCGUAUCUGUUGACAGAAUGGUCCUCACACUGCUAGGACUGGAGCCUGGACAACCACUGAGGUGGUGGUAGCUGGCCAGUCCGCUUUGGAUCUCAGCAUUUCCUGGGGUGAGAGAGUCUUGAGGGCCAAGUACCUUCCAUUCUAUCUGUUCCGUGUGAAUGUUCAUCCAGAUUCACGUCUUCGAAGACUCUUUUGCCAGCUUCACCUCUGCUCUCCUAGCGUCUGUGCUGCCCACUUCGUUUUCUGCACCAGGUUUCCCACCCACACCAGGAACCAUCAUGCAUGAGGAAACAAUGAAUUCCACAGAGGCCUUCUACGGAACAGAUUAUGCCGACACAGCUUUCUAUUCUGUGCCUACAGACGACUUGCCAUGCUCCUUGGAAGAAGUCAGACAGUUCACCAAAGUAUUUGUGCCAGUUGCCUACUCCUUAAUAUGUGUCUUUGGCCUUCUGGGCAAUAUUAUGGUAGUGAUGACCUUUGCCUUCUACAAGAAGGCCAGGUCCAUGACUGAUGUUUACCUGCUGAACAUGGCCAUUACAGACAUACUUUUUGUCCUCACUCUGCCGUUCUGGGCAGUUACUCAUGCCACUGGCACGUGGGUUUUUAGUGAUGUGGUCUGCAAACUGAUGAAAGGCAUCUAUGCAGUCAACUUUAACUGCGGGAUGCUGCUCCUGGCCUGUAUCAGCAUGGACCGGUAUGUCGCCAUCGUUCAGGCAACCAAAUCUUUCCGGGUACGCUCCAGGACACUGGCAUACAGUAAGAUCAUCUGUGUGGUGGUGUGGUUCGUCUCCUUCGUCAUCUCAAGUCCCACAUUCAUCUUCAAUAAGAAAUACAAGACACAGGGCAGCGAGGUUUGUGAGCCCCAGUACAAGUCUGUCUCAGAGCCCAUCAAAUGGAAGCUGCUGGGGAUGGGGCUCCAGCUGCUCUUCGGCUUCUUCAUCCCGCUGCUGUUUAUGGUGUUCUGCUAUCUGUUCAUCAUCAAGACCUUGGUGCAGGCCCAGAACUCUAAAAGGCACAGAGCCAUCCGCGUGGUGAUCGCUGUGGUCCUCGUGUUCCUGGCUUGUGAGAUCCCUCACAAUGUGGUCCUUCUUGUGACCGUGGUGAACACCGGCAAAAUGAACCGGCUCUGCAGCAGUGAGAAACUCCUCGCCUACGCCAGGAACGUGGCUGAGGUCCUGGCUUUCCUCCACUGCUGCCUCAACCCCGUGCUCUAUGCGUUUAUUGGACAGAAAUUCAGAAACUACUUCAUGAAGAUCAUGAAGGAUGUGUGGUGUGCGAGAAGGAAGAGCAAGGUGCCGGGCAAGGUGCCGAGCUUCCUGUGUGCCCGGAUGUUCUCAGAGAGCUACGUCUCCAGGCAGACCAGCGAGGUUACCGACAACGACAACGCAUCCUCCUUUACCAUGUAGCGUGUGGGGAUGAAGCCACAUACCCCAAAAGCCUUUGUGAAACUUGCGAUUACACAUGGGGAAAAAAAAAAAGUAAGACAGAAAGACAAGCCAUACACAAAUAUGUAUAGUAACCAUGGAAAUAAAGCAAAGACUUCCUGUGGGAUCAGAACCAGAGGGGAAGUGGGCACAAGCCAAGUUUUCCCAGGUGUGCUUGACAAGAAACAUUGUGACUCUUAUCUCCCGGGGCUGGAGUUCCACACAAUCAAUUGUGGGGAAUGCUGGAUGCGUAUGAAUGUAAACAAAUUCAGAAAUGUUCAGGAAGGGAUUACAGACCUCGUGAGCCCUAGCACCCACAGCACAAAGCAAGGGCAUAGCCUGGGAAACCAACAAACCAACAAAAGCCUACUGUAACUAUUGCUGGUGGCAGGUCACGAAGAUCCUGUAUCUGUUUCCAUUUUUAUCUUCCCAGCAAGCACUAGACUGUGCAGGGGAAAGGCAAGGGUGAACAACCAUAAACUGGAACAGCAGCCUGGAGGGGGAUGCAGGGAGAGGAACCAAGUAGGAAGUGGAAUGCCUGCGCUUGCUACAGAAAGGUGGAAUACCUUGAGCUUGCUUCCAGAAAUGGAAGUGGUCCCCUGUGGAGCCUGAGGAGGCAAUGCUGGGAUUCUACUCCAGGCUAGGCUCUGGCUUCCGCAGACUCCAGCACAGUUUAACAUUCAUCUCAUGAUGGUAAACUUGGCUUGUCUGUAGUUGAAAGUGCUUUUCUUCCAGUUCUGAAACGGAGCUGAAGAUUCUAGUCACCAAGAGCUUCAAGUUAACCUCUGAGCAGCGGGAAGCAUACUGGCCUCCGAGACCAAGUGGAUUUUUUUGUUGUUGUUUAUUUAAAUUGGAAAUUGAACUUAGGGUCUCAGAUAAUGCUCUGCAAGUAUGUUACCUCUGUGCUAUAUUCCAAUGCCUUCCUGCAUCUUUCAUUUAGAGAGAGGGUCUCACUUAAGUAUCCAGGCAGGUCUUAAAUGUGGCAAUCCUCCUGCUUCAGUUCUAUAAACAGCUAGGAUUACAUGCCUGUGUCACUGUGCCUGGCUCUGGACUCAAUUUGUAGACCAGGCUGGCCUCAAACUCAGUCACAGCGAUUUGCCUGCCUCUGUCUCCGGGAGUGCUGGGACUAACGGUGUGUCCCAGCUUCUCAGGCUAACCCUAGAGUAGCUGUACCCAAAGUUAUCGUAGAAACAGCGAGUCUCUCCUUCCUCAUUAUAGAAGCUCAAGGCACUUUGGUUCUUAAAGUGCUGUAUAAGCAGAUGGCAAAUAAGUUCCAGAGAUGUGGAAGCAUAAACCUCAUUACAAAAGUUGCUGAUGCAAAUGUCAAAAUACAGACAUGUUCAACCCUGA